AUGUUUGUCAUACAAACACUAACACACUCUCGAAAAGGUGAUUUGUGGGGGGCGAAAUCCCCCACUUGCUGGCGAGCAGCCCCACUGACUGGUCCUCUCUCUGUUCCAGACACUUCCUACGAGAAGGCCUGUCGCCGCGGAAGUGCUCCAGCGACUCCAGUCUUAGGAGCGGCCAACAGGAGUCUCGAACUUACGCCUUCCAGGAUAGUGGUAAAGAAAGAUUCAGCAUUGAAAGCUGAGCAAGCAGUUGCUCAGCGGAAAUUCUAA